AUGAAUGAAGACGAACAAAGAGAAUUGAGAAGAGCAUUGAAGAUAUCACAAUGGGAAGAUCAGAGGCAGGAGGACGAACUGCAACGUCGGGUGAACCUUACUCGAGACGAGGAGGAAAGGCGACGACCAGGCGAAGGGAGGCUUAGCGUGAUAAGAGGUCGUCACCAUGAGGAGGAUGGAGGAAACCUGAACCAAAAAGUCCUGAACGAGUUGAGAGACAUGAGGGCUUUAAUUAAUAACUUACGAAGAGGUGGAAGAGUACAGUUAGCAGAAGCAAUAGAGGAAGCAGAUAAGUCGCUAUUCACCUAUGAGAUCAUGCAUACGGACAUCCCGGAGAAAUGCGUAUUACCAAUGCUUGCAAGCAUAUUCAUUGGAUCGGAAAGUGCAGUGCAAUACUUGAAACAAUAUACCCUUUCGCUGAUGCAAUGGGGCCGAAAUGAUGCAGUACUUUGUCGAUAUUUCACCGCGAGCUUAACAGGGGAGGCAUUAACCUGGUUCGAUGGACUCCCGGAAAAUUCAAUAUCAUCAUUCAAAGAUUUUCAGUGGAUAUUCUUGACGACGUACAUAAGAAACAACUUGUUGAGACCAGGGAUAAAGACAAUGUUCAACUUGAGGAGAAGGCCAACAGAAAGCUUGCGGGGGUUGGUCACGAGAUGGAGAACAGUGUGCAGCGAGUUAGCCGGGAGAGUUGAUGAAAAAAACUUCAUCUUAGCCUUCAUGAAUGCUUUGAUCCCAACGGACCUGCUGUACACACAGAUAUUCAUUAUUCGAAACUCGAUAACGAUGAAUGAGCUGAGGGAGUACCAGGAGGAAUACAUAGCGUUGGAGGAAAACCAGAGGCAGGUCAGCGAAAUGACGUUGGCCCCAGCGAAAUAA